AUGUACCUGGUCACUGUCCUCGGGAAUCUACUCAUAAUCCUGGCUGUCAGCUCUGACUCCAACCUGCACAACCCCAUGUACUUUUUUCUCUCCAAUCUCUCCUUAAAUGAUAUCUGUUUGAGCACAACUACCAUCCCAAAGAUGCUUGUCAAUAUCCAGACACAAAAUCACAGCAUCACAUAUAUAGGCUGUCUCAACCAGAUUUUCUUCAUUACAGCUUUUUUUGGUUUUGAAAAUUUCCUGCUUGCUGUAAUGGCCUAUGACCGCUAUGCAGCCAUUUGUCACCCACUCAGAUUCAUCAACAAUAUAGAAACCAGAAACCAAACAAUUAUUUCAGAAUUCAUUCUACUGGGAAUGUCAGAGGAUCGAGAACUGCAGCCCCUCAUAUUUAGCCUGUUUCUGAUCAUGUACCUGGUCACUGUACUCGGGAAUCUGCUCAUAGUCCUGGCUGUCAGCUCUGACUCUUACCUACACACCCCCAUGUACUUUUUUCUCUCCAAUCUGUCCUUAAAUGAUAUCUGUUUAAGCACAACUACUAUCCCAAAGAUACUUUUGAAUAUCCAGACACAGAAUCACAGCAUCACUUAUAUAGGCUGUCUCAACCAGAUUUUCUUCAUUACAGCUUUUUUAGGUUUUGAAAUUUUUCUUCUUGCUGUAAUGGCCUAUGACCGCUAUGCAGCCAUUUGUCACCCACUGAAGUACACAGUCAUCAUGAACUUCUACUUCUGUGGACUACUGAUUCUACUUUCCUGGUUCAUGAGUAUGGUGAAUGCCCUGCUCCAGACUCUGAUGGUUUUGCAUCUUUCCUUCUGCACAGAACUAGAAAUUCCUCAAUUCUUCUGUGAACUUACUCUGGUCCUUAAAAUUGCUUGUUCCAGUACCCUCAUCAAUAAUAUCCUGAUAUAUGCUUUGGUUUCCAUAUUGGGUGGUAUCCCUUUCUCUGGCAUCACAUUCUCUUACACGCGCAUUGUUGCCUCAGUUUUGAAAAUGGCGUCAGGUGAAAGAAAGUAUAAAGCUUUUUCCACCUGUGGGUCUCAUCUUUCAAUUGUUUCUUUAUUCUAUGGGACAGUUUUAGGUGUGUACUUCAGUUCACCAUUUACAAACUCCCCCAAGAAG